CUCAUGAUAGCUGGUUGUGUAGAGUUAAUACGGGCCAGAGCUUUCGUGAAGCACGUGAAACAUCGCGAUUGACGUAAAAUUUACGAGUAUUUUUCAAAGAUUUCCAGUGUUGUGAUCAAACGGUUUAUUGUGACAGGAUGAUGUGAAUUCGGAUGAAUUUACAGUGUGUGGUUAGUGUUUUAAAACGUUCGGUAUUUUUUUGUAAACAUUUUGUUUAAUCUGAAUUCUGGAUUAAUUUGGAAUACGCUCAUCUCAACCAGAUUCGAGUCGGCUGCAUUUGAAAGCAGACAUAACUAUGAUGAAAAAACUUCAAUGCUUUCUAGUAUUAUUUCAAAAGCACUCGUGACUAGUGAUGGGGCAUCGUGUUAUCGAUAUAAUUAUUACUAGAUAAAUUUUGAUCAAUAUGUUUUGGGUUAAUUUAUAGAAUCGCGAAAGUGAACUAAAAUUAUCGAUAAAUUAAUUGCUAAGUGGAUCGUUAUGAUAGUGUUGGGGUUAAGUAUGUGUAUCGAUAAUUUAUAAAUGUGAACAAUGGUGUGUGUUUUGUGCUUUGGUUUUAGAGUGAUUUUGUCCCUCAUGUGUUGUGUAUAUAGCCGGCAAGAAGUGCUUAUCGAGGAGUCAUCGGCCAUAGAGUCGUUCCACGCGCCGACAGGGGGCGCGGUGGAGCUGCCGUGUGACGUCACGCCCGCCCUACCCGACGACAGGAUGGGGCUGGUCAUUUGGUACAAGCAGGGCCACGACUCGCCCAUAUACUCGUUGGACACGAGGGAAGGCGUGACGUCACAUUGGUCUGACCCCUCCACCCUCGGCUCCCGAGCCACCUUCCGUAGCACCACGGAACCCGCAGUUCUUUUACUAACUAAGUUAAGACCCGAAGACAGUGGACAAUACAGAUGUCGAGUGGACUUCAUCAGGUCGCCCACCAAGAACACGAGACUGAACCUUACAGUACUCAUCCCUCCAGAGAGGCUGAUUAUCCUCAACCAGGAGGGCGACGAGAUCAAAGGCGGCGUGUUGGGGCCGUACGACGAGGGGACCGAAGUCAAUCUAACCUGCGUGGCCGUUGGAGGUCGUCCAGUCGCGCGCGUGUCGUGGUGGAAGUCACACGCGUUGUUGGCUAACUCGGAGGCCAGAGCUGCCUUGUCCUUCACGCUACAACGAAGCGAUUAUGGCAGUGAAAUCACUUGUCAGGCCGUGACGGAUCCCUCCAUCACACCGCUGUCUGAAAAUCUUACCAUAGAUGUGAACUUGCGACCUCUAUGGGUGCGAUUGCUGGGAGGCAAGCGUCCCCUAGUGGCUGGGCAGAGCACAGAGUUGGUCUGCCAGGCGGUAGGCGCUCGCCCUAAGCCCAGCAUAUCUUGGUGGAAGGGAGGCACCAGGUUGAAGUCUAUCAGGGAAACUACGUCAUCAGACGGCAACGUGACCAGCAGCAUCCUGACCCUGGUGCCGUCUAUAGAAGACGCUGGCAGGGUGCUGUCAUGCAGAGCCGUCCAGCCCACUCUGUCGCAUUCCACACACGAAGAUGGAUGGAAACUUGAGAUACAACACUUGCCGGUGGUGAAGUUGGAGUUGGGAGCGAACUUGGACGCAGAUAAAGUGGUGGAAGGCUCCGACGUGUACUUGGACUGCAUGGUGCGCGCAAACCCGUGGCACACACAUGUGUAUUUCACACACAAUGGUGUGACAGUGAAGCCAGGUCCAGGAGUGGUGGUAGCCAACCAGAGCCUGGUGCUGCAAAGGGUCUCCCGCCGCGUGGCCGGCUCCUACGUCUGCAUCGCCAGGAACAGCCUUGGGGAUGGAGCCAGCGAUCCCCUGGUUUUGGAUGUUAAGUAUAGCCCGACAUGCAAGACUCAACAAGCGGGAGUGUUGAGAGCUGCCAGGGGGGAGAUCGUCGAGAUAGACUGCGAAGUUGAUGCCAAUCCAAAGGAUCCUAUGACAUACCACUGGUGGUUUAACAGUACGACUCACUCCAAGCUCGAGCUCAAUACAUUCCCCAUGAACGCGCAGAAUUCACUUGACAGAUACUUGUACAUGGUUAACACUUCGUCCGACUACGGGUGGGUCCAAUGUACCGCCAGCAACUCGGUGGGUCGCCAAAACACACCGUGCCUGUUCCACAUAUUACCGGCAGAAAAGCCAUCCUCGGUGAAAAACUGCGAGAUAAUGAACGUAACAUACGACUCGCUGACACUCGGCUGCGUGCCAGGACACGACGGUGGACUUCGACAGGCGUUUUUGUUGCAAGUAUACGACAUGACGACGGGCCUAUUACUUCGGAACAUAAGCAGCGAUGAUCCACAGUUCGUAGUAUGGGGUCUUUCUGGCACCAACGCUGUGGGUAUAUCCGUGCGUGCGUACAACAAGAAAGGGUUGAGUGAACCGUUCACACUGUCGUCCAGUUUGCUGAAGUAUCCACAAAGGCACACAGCCAACGUCCCCGUCCGCGUGGAGUUAACAACGGUACUGGUGACGGUUCUCUGCGCCGUGGCCAUCAUAGCGGGAGUCACUGCGGUCUCCGCCUUCGUCUUCUGCUGGAAGUACUGCAACAAGAGAGAGGAUAACAUCAAGAAUGAGAAAACUCAUCGAAAACAAGACGAGAUAUCGAACAUACCCCUCACUGGCACCAACGAGUGUGAAAGUGUUGAUAGUUUAGAUAAGAAUCCGGAUAUAAUACCAAUAGAGGGGAAAAUAAGCGACAAUUGCUCGAACAAGUCGUCAGCCACAGACUAUAGUUCAAUAAGACCGCUCCUCUCUAAGACAGACCACGACAAAUACGACGGCAGCUGUGAAAGACAUUACGAUCAUACGGAACCUUGCAGCCAAUAUGUCCAAGUUAGACCGUUGGACUUCAGAGUACAUCAAUUCCAACAUGGAAUGCAAAUGCCGAACCUUGGCUCUAUGCAAGGCUAUCCGCCCAACGUUGGACACAUGCCCAACGUUGGACCAAAUGAAUGCAGAGCGUCUUAUGACAAAGUGUACGAGAAUUGGUUGAAGUAUAAAAACUCUUUGCCGUUGAAUACUAGUGGAUUGUUGCCAGUGGAGCAAUGUAUGCCGCCAGAGCUAUACCCACCAGGGAUAUACAGCGGGCUACGGAACCCACUGCAUCUGGCGCAGAUGCCCGAAAUCGAUCCCUACCACUUAGAGGCGGGAGUCAUGCAGGAGUUUAGAACCAACACCCCACCAGUGAGAGUGAACGCCGAGAACUCCAGCGCUUACUUCAACAAGAGUUCCCUGGACCGAGGCACUAGCACGUUGCCGCAUAGGAAAACUAGUGUACCAGCAAUGCAGCUAGAAACCAAGCCCAGCUCACUGAAGCCCAUCGAAUCCAACGCUAGACCAACGGAUGAAAAACACGAAGGCAGGUGAGAUAGUAUUGAACACUACUUAGAAACCAAAAUGUAGUCUUACAAUAACGUGGAUCUAGUGACAAAAUAUGGACAAAAACUUCAAAAAAGGACAAAACGUUACAAAAAUUACAUACUAUCUCUUUUUUCGCAACUCGCCAGCUCCGAAAGCAUAUGUUUUUGUUAAUCUUUGAAAUUAUAAUAAAGAUAAAGAAAUUGUAAAAGUGCUCUUUAUUAUUAAGUUUUAUAAUAAAUAUAUAUAUAUAAAUAUGUAUAAUAAUCUGAUUAUUUUGGAUUUGAUAGGUUGUUUUAUUUGAGACUAAAUUUUAUUUUGUACUGUUUGGGUGAAACUAAUUGAAAUCUUAAUUGAGUACUUUAAAUUUGUAAACGUUUUACUACUAAUGGGGCAAGUUUACAACGACAGCGUUGCAUGCCAAGCUCUUGUACAGCUAUUAACAUGCAUAAAAUAUAUAUAUAGUCAAUCUAUUUCAUAAGUCAGUUUGGCCUUAGCUUAAAUGAUCAGAUGAUCAAACGAGUUUGUGUGUGUAAACUGAAGGUUUGUAUUGUAAUGUCAACUGUCAAACCCUUUACUGUACAUCAAUCCACUACAUACAAAGCCAGGCAGACUUCAAAAGUAGACAAACUAUGUCGGCUGUUGUAUUUGACAGGGUGCGUUCUAUAAUUGAAUUGUAAAUUGGGCUUGUUCCGGCAUUAGACUAGUUAAAAAAUACCUUAAUUGUAAACUUGCUCUAAAUAGAUAUAUUUGUUUUAAUUUUUCGUGAGUAUAUUAUAUUAUACGAGGAUAUUAUGUCAAUUGUGCUUAAAAAAAUAAUGUGUAACAAAUUGUUGUCUUAACUAAUUCUUUCUAACGGCUUAAGACUGAGAUUUUAAUAGUAUAGGUAAUUUAUCGAUUGUUUAUAAUAAUGCUGGGAGCAUAUUAACAACACCUGAAGCAUCAUCAGGACUGCUAAUUUACCUGUGUGUUGUAAAUAUGCCCUUGGUAUAAAUAUCUUUUAAUCAAAAAUGACGUGAAUAUGAAAAUUGCAUAUUAAUAAAAAUCAUUAUUAUUGUUGUAAAAUUGUAUAUAUUUAUUGUAAAUAGUUAAAGGUUAUUGAUGUACAGAUAAAUAAUAAUUGAUAGAGAAUGUUGCCAUAAUAGAUAAGAAUUAAAUUUGUAUUAGUUUUGUUUAAAUUAGACGCGAUUCAAGACAAAAAUUUUUGAACUUGGCGGUAUUCUACCGUGCGCCUUUUAUUUAAAUACGUCUCCAUCAAUAAAUACUCGACAAUUACUGUAUGAUAUCUUCAACAUCAGUUUUUUCAGCACAAGUUAAAAAAUUCUGUAAAAAUAAAUAUUUACCUAUUAUGCAUAAUUAAAUAUUUAUUUAAAAGGAAUUUUCAAAAUUUUAUUUCUGCAAUACAUUCAAUAGUCAAUAAAAUACCAUAAAACCACUAUCAAGUUGGACUAUUAUUAAAGGUUAUUGUUUGGUAUUCGGCAUUAUUUGUCUCGCAUCGCGUCAAAUGUGUACUACCCUUAAUAUUAUCGUAAGAAAUCACGAGCUUCUCUGGAAGUUGAAAAUUACCAAUCGGCUUAAGUAUAUUAAAAUAGGUCUACACGCAUACGGACUGAUUAUUCAUUUAAAUAGCUUCAAUAUACGAUUUAUAACAAACAAACGACUAUAAUUAAAUCUGAUGGUUAAGCUAGAACGCACUACUCUUGUCGCAAGCUUUAAGGUCGCCAUUGACGGUCAAUUAUUCUCACGUUUCUGAAAAGCAAACGGCAGUACCCACGCGGUAUACUAUACAAGUCAUGUACGCAGUGACCAACACACGAUCAAUUAUAGUCGUGCGUGCCACAGAAACGUGAGAAUAAUUGACCGUUUGUAGCUAGCAUUAGACUCCAAAUCGUGUAUAAAGGUACGUAUACACUGAUGCAAGUUGCGUUUUACCUAUAAGUUGAAUAGUAUUAAUGUGGACACAAUUUCAAACCUUGUAUUUGUUAAUUUGUCUGGAAAUUGAUUGUGACCGCUUCAUCGAUUUUUUUUAUCAACCAGUUGGAAUUAAAAUAAAAGCAAUAAAAUUAUUGUCAUUGGUCAUCAUCAGCACUUCUUAUUUUUUUUUGUUCUUUACAUGUUAGCCCUUAACUACAAUCUCACCUGAUGGUAAGUGAUAAAGCAACCAAAGAUGGAAGCGGGCUUACUUUAGGUUUUUUAACUAGUCCCGGUCUGGCUGGUGAGAGGCUUCGGUCGUGGCUAGUUACCACUCUACCGGCAAAGACUACGGCUAAGCGAUUUAGCGUUCGGGUACGAUGUCGUGUAGUAACCGAGAGGGGUAUGGAAUUUCAUCUUCCGCUAACAAGUUAGCCCGCAUCCAUUUAGAUUGCACCAUCACUUACCAUCGGGUGAGAUUAUAGUCAAGGGCUAACUUGUAAAGAAUAAAAAAAUAAUGUACAUUUGUACAGAAUUGCUCUGCUGUGUAUUAUACCUCUGUCAGUAAUUUAUGUUCAAAAGCAUCACAAUGUAUUUUGGAUUAAUUGGUUGGUUGUCGAAAUAAAUAUUUUUUUCGUUUUUUAAAGCAAAGUUUUCCAAUACAGCUUGAUGGGCUAAAAACAGCUGAUAUUAUGCAAUAUUCAUGUGCGAUGGGCUUUAAAAACAUAAUCCCUUUAAAUGAAGGAUUUUUCCAUAUAGCUUACAGUAAAUCCCUACAUUUUUUUUUUUAUAAAUUGGUAAUAGUGUAAAAAAUUCGCUGGAGGCUUAUAACUGUAGUGCGUUUUACAUGGUUUAUUUUUUUUAAAUCAUGACGUAUGCGUUUGGAUUUAAUGGUGGAUACACACUUAAUGCACGCCAUUGACGAUCAAUUAUUCUCACGUUUCUGCAGCACCCACGAUGAUCUGAUCGUCUAUUGGUCACUGAGGGCAUGACGGCUCGACUUAUAAAACGUCUUCGCUGUCUUUUUCGCUGCAGAAACGUGAGAAUAAUUGACCGUCAAUGGCUGACUUAACACUUAAUAGAUAUGUCUUGUGUUCCCAUCUUUACUAUUUUUUUUUAAUUUAGUUUUUUAAUGCAAAACGUUUAUUAGGUAUAUGGUUUAUGUGAAUCUUUCUGUAUACUGUUUUACCUAUUUUUUGAUACAUAAAUUGCUGUUACUAACACAGUGAGUAUACUUAUCCAUAAAUUAAUCCUGGUAAAAGUUUUUUUUUUUCAGUUUCUAACUUGUAGUCUCAUACCAAAAUGGAUGCUUGUAAUUGUAUUGAUUUUGUAUGGAAAAUGAGAUAAACAUGGUUUGGUUUGCAAAUUUUGUAUGGAUAACAAGGGUUUCCAAAAGUUAGGCAUUCCUGAAUGAUUGUGUAUACUAAAAACCUCGUAACUUUAUUAACUUGAUUUUAUAUUUUUAACUUUUGUUUAUCUUAAUAAACUUUUGUAUUUGAUUUUUCUGGAAAAAUUGUAUCCAUAAUUUUAGUAUUAAAAUUGAUCAUUAUAGAAAGUGCUGUUUACUAUAAAGAAUUGUUUCAAUCAUCGAUAUAAAUCGUUAGAUGGGCCCCUCCAUAUUAAAGAACGCUCAAUUAUGUCAUUACCCAAAGAUGUGCACGCACUUCUUAUCUUAGUAUGUAACAAGCGCAUGCUGUGAGUGGACGUGGACUUAAAAAAUAUUUACUGUUUUUUCUUAUUUUAAUCCCUUAAUUAUGCCUUCGUGUUCAUUUUGGAAGUGCAAAAACACAAGCCACAACAUGAAUAAAGGGAAAUGUUACGAGUGAUGACGUAAUCAAUGUGCGAAACCAAUGACAAUUCCGCGACGCGACCCAUCCCAUCUAACGAGCUACGAUCGAUGGUUACAAUGAAAUAAAUACACGUCUGAAAGUCGUAGUGCUAAUAUUCUACUAAUUGAGAAUUCAUGCGAGAAGGGUAAGAUUGUUUGAGAAUACUUAACUUAUGAUUAAGGAUCCCGGUUUGUAACAAGUUGGACAAACACCGACAAUAGUGUAUUUGUUUCAUGUAAUUUGUGUCGUCACAAAAAACGUUUUUCUGUGUUAUAAAUACAGUGAAAUUGUAAUUAUAGUAACCAAUUAAAAUUAUAUGUUUGACAAUUGAGAAGAUAAUUGAAUAUUUUUAUGUUUUUUAUUAAAAUUUUAAUGAUAAUAGUAAACACAAAAUAUAAUGACAUUGUUGAAAGUGCAUCUCAUUGAUAGUUUUCAUUUCUUCUAAAGAAAUAAAUGUAAUUUAUAUGUGUAAA